GCCGUUCGCGCCGCGGCCAUGGAGGAGCAGAAGGAGAACCGCCCGCAGGCCGCCCGCCCGCCGGGUAAGCUGCAGUGCAGGGUCAGCGAUCAAGAAACCAAUGGGAAAAACACAGCUUCCAACCCAAACGACUUCAGCGAUCCCGUUUACAAAGAAAUUGCUAUGACCAACGGCUACAUCAACAGGAUGACCAGGGAUGAGCUUAGAAGUACGCUUGCGGAGUUCAAGCUUGACACCAGAGGAGUGAAGGAUGUGCUGAAGAAGAGACUGAAGAACUAUUAUAAGAAACAGAAGCUGAUGCAGAAGGAACCUGUUAAUGGAGACAGCUACUAUGACUACAUCUGCGUUGUUGACUUUGAAGCAACAUGUGAAGAAGGAAACCCACCUGAAUUUAUACACGAAAUAAUUGAGUUUCCUGUUGUCUUAUUAAACACACACACCUUGGAAAUAGAGGAUACAUUCCAGCAAUACGUGAAGCCAGAGAUCAAUCCCAAGCUUUCCGAAUUUUGUGUUGGUCUGACAGGGAUCACUCAGGACAUUGUUGAUAAAGCUGAUACAUUCCCUCAAGUUCUGCAGAACGUUGUAGACUGGAUGAGGCAGCGAGAACUGGGAACGAAGUAUAGCUAUUGCAUGUUGACAGAUGGCUCUUGGGAUAUGAGUAAAUUUUUGAAUAUCCAGUGCCGUGUCAGCCGUAUCAAACACCCUUCAUUUGCCAAAAAGUGGAUCAAUAUUCGCAAAUCAUAUGGCAACUUCUAUAAGGUUCCCAGGAACCAGACCAAGCUGAUGAUCAUGCUUGAAAAGCUGGGCAUGAGCUACGAUGGGAGACCUCACAGUGGACUCGAUGACUCUAAAAACAUUGCAAGGAUCGCUAUAAGGAUGCUGCAGGAUGGCUGUCAGCUGCGGGUGAAUGAGAAGAUGCAUGCAGGACAGCUUAUGACAGUCUCCUCCUCCACUCCUUUAGAGGGAGCCCCAGCUCCACAGAUGCCCCGCUACAGAAACUAACAGCUCAGGGGUUCAGCUCUAGGAACCCCUUGCAGAUACCCACUACAAACUGUGAACAGCUUAUCCAAUGGCCACCUCUGCAAACCUGUCUGCAGUGCAGAAUCUGAAAGCACCUUAACCAACGGUCUCUGCUGAAACAUAGAGGAGCGUGAAAGCUUCUUGCUCUUUGAACUUUGUUUUACAUCUUUCUUUUGAAUUUGUGCUGAUGGUCUUGUCGUUUGCACCUUUUCUAGCAGUAAGAUUGAUAUAUGGAAUCCAGGCAAAGUGGUAAAUUUUUAAGGACAAGUAAUUUAAACCUAUGCAUAGGUUGGCUAGGCCGGCGUGCUACUGUUCCUCACUGGCCUGUGGGUGGGGUUUAUUCACUAUGCCAUACUAUAAUGAUACCUAGCACCUGAUUAUUCAUCACAUACAAACUAGAUGUUGUUGGAAGAACUGAAAUGCAGAUUGUCUGGGCUGGCCUCUCCUGGUAAGGCGUUCUCAUUGGGGUUCCUGCUGAUAAAUGUAUUUCUUUUUUUAACAAGUCUAAGAGAAAUAGAAGCAUGUUCAUCAGUCCUAGAGCAGUAAGUUAACACUGCAAUUGUUAUUUUACAUUUAUGGAGUAUGCUUUUCUGCAUCCCCAUUGAAUUAAAAGAACUGUGUAUUGAAUAAAAAUUUCAUUCAUACGGUAUGGUAGUAAGUUUCUUAACUUGUAUUUAAAAAGAGGAGAUGCUUUGGGACUGAACUCCGAGGAUCGUAUCUCCUCUGCCUGCUACACUCAAGUGGGACAGCCUCGUUAGACAUUUGUCAGCUAUUUUGACCUAAAAGUGAAAUAAAAUGUUCAAAACAAAUUCAAAAUUCUAUGUUAUGUGUUGUUGGGAAAUAGAAGCUUGUUUUGUUUUAGAUACUCCAGAGACUUGCUUGACUAUUUUUGGUACCUUCUCCUACCUCUGUUACCAUGAAACUAUGCCUUUAUCUGAAAUUCUAGUCUUGGAAGACGAAUGUAGUUGUUAUCAGUGAAGGCCACGUCUAAUAACAACUUCUGAUUUCCUCUUAGGUCAGAUGUGACCGAAGUGUUCCUUUACUUUGCCUCUUACUAAGUGAUGUAUUUUGAUUGCUCUUAAUAAUAAUAAAAAAAAAAGAGUGAGUUUAGUA